CAUUAUCCUAAAAAUACUAUACAUGUGAGUGUAUUGAGUAUAGGAAUCCCCUUUUGGAAUACCCAUCUUGUCCAUCUGUCCAUUUACUCAUCUAUUCAUCUAUUCAUCUACCAAUAUCUGUUUUAUCAUCUACGUACGCAAACAAUGUAAUUAUGUAUCUCCUCAACACUCUUUGCUCUUUGUCUGUCUUCUACAUAUCUGUUCCUCGUCUACGGAAUCAUCGGAAUCAUCGAAUCAUUUGUUCUCACGCCCGUCUAAAAGGCAAGAGGUUCAUCUCAAGCCUCUAUCUUCCAAGCAUAAAUAUGCAUUGCACUGUUCAGAAUGAGAUGAAUUAGAAAAUUCAAUCGGCAUUUGUCUCGAUGUUUUUUCAUUCCUUUCUGUGUAAACUUCCUUCUGGAACUUCUCACCUGUUUCAUCUUCAUCAUUAUCAAUAUCCAUAUCCAUGCGUUACUGGACAAAUUCAUUAAGAAGUUUAGGUCAAACAAAUGCAUGAACUGCAUUGCAACUUGCAAGAUAUCUAGUCCAUACACGCCCUUGCGAAGCUAUUAUUAUUCCAUCAUCCCGUUGUUUGACAUUUUCAAGGGAUCCUAGCCGACGACCUUGUUUUAUAUUGUACCGGACUACCAAGGUAAGUUAUAUUUUGGAAUUAGUGUGAUUUCUGAUUUUAUUUCUUUUCCUUGACUGCUGGCUGCUGCAGUUGUGAUCCAAUUCUCAUUUGGUUAAACAAAUUCAAUCAAACAAUUUAAAAAGAAGGGCUGAGGUUCUUGAGCACAAGAUGGACAGGGGAAUCAAUUCACCAUAUCUACACUCCCAGCCCAAAUAUACCAAGGCGCUUCCCAGUACUCCAACAGAAUCGAAAGACUCACAAGGGACGAUCAUGUCGAAAACCUUACCAUCUUUGCCAGAAAGAAGGAGUUCUCUGCCUGAGAGGAAAAACUCCAAGGCAAUGUCAAUUCCACGUCGAGAGGUUGGAAGUACUUCAAGUGCCUCUAAAAAAAGUUCCAUUGCAAGCAUAUCAUCUUCAGGCUAUUCUGACUCGGUACUUUCUCGAAGUCUAUCUGGAAAUAGCAACUUUACCAAGGAUUCACUUAGUUAUGCUGGAUCGGAAUUUCGCAAAACUCCCCCAAUACCAGAGAAAGAUGAACAGACUCAAAUAUCUCUCGAGACACCAAAUAAGGAUCCGGAAAGUCCGAGAUCGACAUCAAGUUUGAGGUCGUCUCCAGGGCAAGAAAUUUGGAGGAGGAGGUCUUUGGUGACUCAAAAGGGAAUUGAGUUUCCUGAUUUGAAACUCCAAAAGAGUAAUGGCUCAACAGCGAGUCCUCCUUCCAAAAAUACCAACGCAGCAUCCGACCGUUCCUUACCCGAAAUACCUGGUCAAUCUCUUCGAUCUAGAGGAUUUUCGGAUAGAGAACGAGGUCCUAUACCAACUCGUGAAGCACCGCAAGCACCAGCAGUUCCGCCGAUGGGAGCAAAAGUUUCGAAGCUGAAAGAUAUCAGCAAACGAAAAGCCACAGAUCAGAUUGAUGAAUCUAGUAGGCAUGGCGACCUUAACACAGAUCAGACCCAAAAUCUGAGAGGAGGAAAUGCGCAACAGUCCAAGAACUUGCUUUAUCCACCUCAGGACGGUCUGCCCACACCAGAAUAUUUAGAACCUGAUAAAAUCCGGAGUCAAUCCUCUACGCGAAAGCUGUUGUCACAAACUACAGUACCUGAUGAUUUAUUACCUUCACCUCAAAUACCCACCAGGUCUGAUGAUGGUCAUGCACACGGCAUUUCCGCGCCAAUAGCAGGUUACCCAUCAACACCACAAGAGUCCUCCAUCGUACCCGACCUUCUUAAUCGCAAUCACUCUCGGGAUCCCUCUGAGACUUUGACUAUCACCUCUCUCCCAGGUGCCGUCCGCUCCCCGCAACCUCAUAAGCCACAUGCCACAAAAACCAUCCUUACACCUCGACCCCCACCCCCGGUCGAAUCGGCAUCCCUCUCGCCAUCUAUCACGUCAACAACUCCUACCAUUACGACAAACCCUCAUUCCCGCCAAACCUCUCGAACUACCACCUCUCGGGCGACGUCUUUGUCUUACUCCUAUUUCCCUUUGUCCCCUUCCGCACUUCCAGCUUCUGCAACAAUUCUAGAAGCACCUCCCAUCACAUUGCAACAUAUCAAUUGUUUCCAAAGUCACAGAUUUAUGCGACGAUCACGGAACAAUAUAUGCCCACUUCAAUGCCAAACUUGCUCGAAGGGAGAUUUCGAACAACAGUGGAAAUGCACCUGGUGUUGCUUGAGAGUCUGUGGUGAUUGCAUGGCUGUUUUGGCAACCGUACGGAAAGACCUAAGAACAUUCUUAGGGCUGAUUGGGAGUGACGUGCUGAACGAAUCAAAUGAAAAAACAGCGGAGGUAGGGAACGAUAUUGGAGAUAGGGUUGAGAAGGAGAAGCAGGAGAAGCAGGCCCGCCGAAUGAACGUAAAGACGUAAGAGAACUUAACAGUCAUGCUGUGGAAUAUUAGAUCUUUGCAGGUGGGGCUUAAUGGUGGUUAUCAUGGGAUCAUGGGGUUUCACGGUCAAAAGAGGUGUUCAAUCAAGAGUAUUCACUUGUCUCAUUGUGCUUAGUAUCGCAGAAGUUCAUUUGGAUGUAUUCCCGGAUCUAGCCUUGCAUAUUCACACACGACGUAUUAGUGAUUGCAGGUAUAGCAAGGAGCUGAGCUUCUUUUGGGAUAAACACGACUCUCUUUUGUGUAUUUGAGUAGUUGAUGAUGAAUGUGUCUGGCAUGUUAGUGAUAG